AUGCGGCCCGCCGCGCUCCUGCUGCUGCUGCUAGUCGCCGCCGGUGACGCAGCGGACACACAUGAACGUGACAUAGAGGAACUCGGAAAACUUGUUAACACCACACAGGACCUGAGUGAGAGAUUGGUUGUAGGACAAGAUGGGAACUUUACGAUUUUAAGCGCCAAUGAUACGUCGGAACAUGAACCGAUAGUGAGGAAGAAGAGGACGUUUGGCGAUAUCGUGUUUAGAGGGUUAGCCGAUGCGCUCGGAUAUAAUGUGCAGAGGAAGCCUCAGCAGGCGGCGCCGUUCCCGCCCCCGCUGGCGCCCGUGCCCGGGAUCGAUAUACCGCUAGCCGCGCCGGUUGCUCCCCCUGCUCCGCCGCCGUGUGGGCCUCCGAGAGCUGCCGCCCCGCCGCCGUGCCGCGCUGUGGCUCCGCCGCCUCCUCCGCCUCCGCCACCACCGCCGCCGCCGCCGCCGUGUCCGAAACCUAGAGCGGCGCCCCGCCCCAAACCCAGACCACCACCGCCACCGCCGCCACCACCACCACCACCACCACCACCGCCACCACCAUGCGCCAAACCAAGAGCAAACCCGACUACACCAUCUCCUUGUGCACCUCCACCGCCGCCGCCUCCGCCACCGAAGGAUAAUCUCGAAACUAUAAAUUCAAAUUUCCGUCUGCAGUUCAACUUUAAUCGCCAGCCAGCCUCCCCGGCCCCGCUUGCGCCGGCACCGGCGGCUGAAGCUUUAGAGGAAGAGGCUCCGAUAGCCCCCGUAGCUAUAGAACCUCGAGCGGCGCGCCUGCCCGCUGACCCGCCGCGACAACCGCGCGUCUUUGUCGACGCGUUUGUAGUUCGUAACGGGCAGCAGCACAGAGUCCGCACUGUCGACGCCAAUCAGGUCAAUCCUCGAGCGCUCGCCGGCGACGACUACCUCGCUUAUGAUGACGAAGAGGAGGCUCCCGCGUAUGACGAUUAUGAAGACGCUCAAGAGUCUCGAGAUGGAGUGAAAGCGGUGCAAGAAUUCGGGACCGCCGUAGGCGCUUUUUGGGAACAGAAACAGAAGCCUCCGCCGAAAGUAGAGGUUAAGGAGGUUAAGAAGAAGAAAAAGAACAGGCUACCAGAUAAUGAUUACCGUAGCGUGCAUUUUGGAGACCGCGACUUGGCCGAGCAGAUUCAGAGGAGAUCUGAUGAACGGGAACAACGCCAGAGAAACAACGAACGUCAGCGACCGCCGAGGAGGCGACAGCCCUCACCAGCAGAGGAAGCGGAGGAGGAAGACUCAGAAUCGACCACAACUACUGAAGACCCGCAUCGUAAUCUGCAGCCGCGAGUUUUACCACCCACGGAGCAAAAUCCGGGUCAGAUAGACACGGUCACCGUGCGAGUUCCGCCGAUAUACAGGGAAAAGCGGCCGAAGAAACUGAACCGAGGACGACCGGAGAGGCCAGAUCGGGACGAGGAGAGCGUAGAGCAGUCGUCCGAGGAAGACAGUGAUAGUGAGAAUACGAUCCCGGCAGUCCAGACUGAGCCGCCCCGCCGUCGCCGCAAGAAGCCGCGUCGGAGUCGUCGGUCAGCUGACGAAGACGAGGAAGGCGAUUAUUCCGCAGGAGAUUACGAUUAUUUCGGCAACAAACGCAAAAUCUCAGACACUGAAAAACAUUUUAUGCAGCUAACCGUCGCGCCUCCCACAAAAGAUGCCGACUUGGCCAGGAUAGAGGCCGCGCCCGGGGAAGAAGAAGAAGAAAGGGAUUUCCUGGAUGACCACGAAAGGCUUCAGGAAGAUCCUGAAAAGGUCGGAGAAGACGAGCGGACGAAUGAAUACGGACGUUUUACUGACGAUGACGAACGUCUAGGCGAUGACAAGGAGAAACUUGUUGAUGACAGGGACAGAGCGGACGAAUCAGAACGGGCAGGGGAUGACGAGCGAGCUAGCGAGGACGAGAGAGCCGACGAGCGGGAACGAACAGACAAGCUUAGUCCCAACGCGAAAGUGAGAGAGAGGGGCUACGAAAGCAAGUUCUUGCGGGCGACCAAUGUGCAACAGGAUGACCCUUACACGCAUCAUCACGCUCAGAGGAAACCUAAACGCUCUUAA